ACCCCCAAACCCUCUAUCCUCUGUUCUUGCUUAUAGAUAGAAGCUUUCUUCAAUAAAUCAAUUUUAUUGCAAAAAUAAUGCUACUGAUUCUAAGAUCUCGUCUCUUUCACCCCACUUUCUCCUCUCUCCUCAAAUUCCCAUCUCCCAACCCUCGCCCACCACCCCCAUUUUCGCUCUCGUUUCGCGCCGCCGCCUCUCAAACCCCAAACCCCCACCGCGCCUCCGGAGCCGCGGCGGCGGCGGCGGAGGCGAAAUCCAACAAGUUCGCGCGGACGGUGCUAUUUGUGCCGCCGGGGGUCGACCCGGAUGAGGUGACGGAGGACAUGGUCCUGCCCGGGUCAAACAUCGUGGUGGGACCCUACGCCGGCGACGCGAAAAUCAAGGAGGUGGAUUUCGUGAAGAGCAGCAUUCGGGCCAAGGAUUGCCCGCAAGACGAACGGCCCGAAUUCGCAAUGUUGGGCCGGUCCAAUGUCGGAAAGUCUUCCCUCAUUAACUUUCUUGUCCGCAAAAAGGAAGUUGCCCUCACUUCUAAGAAGCCAGGAAAGACUCAGUUGAUUAAUCAUUUCUUGGUUAAUAAAAGUUGGUACAUUGUCGAUUUGCCCGGAUACGGUUUUGCUAACGCCCCGGAUUCCGCAAUAAUGGAUUGGUCAUCAUUCACUAAAGGCUACUUUUUGAACCGAGAAUCUCUCGUCUCUGUUCUUCUAUUAAUCGAUGCAAGUGUCCCACCUAAGAAAAUCGACCUCGAUUGUGCUAAUUGGCUUGGACGGAACAAUAUACCGUUGACAUUUGUUUUUACAAAGUGCGAUAAAACGAAAGCAGCCAAAGGGAGAAGGCCCGACGAGAAUAUUAGAGAGUUUCAAGAACUGAUAAAAGACAAUUAUAGACAAAAACACCCUCCUUGGAUUAUGACAAGCAGUGUCACUGGUUUGGGCAGAGACGAGCUUCUCUUACACAUGUCGCAGCUUAGAAACUACUGGGACAAUGAGUGAAUACGAAUGUUUGUGGGCCCCACAAAAUCUCCGAGUUUUCACGAAGAAGGUACUGUGUACGACGACCUGGGAUUUUUUUUAUUUUUUUUGUAGCGGUAAUUGUUUCGGUAUUUACACGGGUUUUUGAAGCCUUUGUAAAUUAAAUAGUGACUAUGUUGAAUUAACAUAUGGUGUUCCUUAAAUUGGAACCUUGGUUGUGUAUACUUUGAAUGGAAAUUUGUUCUUAUUAAUUAGCUUUUGAUUGGCCCUUCUGAGAUUA